AUGGAGCAGUGGGGUGUUGUUCACCGCGUGUUUGCAUACGACGAAUUUGUGAAGAGCAAUGAAUCAGUCGUGGCGGCGCAGCGUGCAUUCAGACAACGCUUCAACAUUGAACGUCAUGGUGCUAUUCCUAAUCGGAAAACCGUUAUGAGGUGGGUCAAUGCUUUUAGAACAACUGGAAACAUUAUGAAAAAAAAACCACCGGGCCCCACUCGUACUGCUACAACUCCAGAGAAUGUGGAGAGGGUGAGAGCAGCUGUCGUUCAGAGUCCAGGACGUUCGGUGCGCAAACAAGCUCAAGCCCUACGGAUUGAUCGUUCCUCUGUUCGUCGUAUCAUCAAACGUGAGUUGAAAUUCCAUCCUUACAAGUUGGCUAUUGUUCAGCAACUGAAACCUACUGAUUACCGUCAGCGUUCGGAAUUUGCAUUAGACAUGUUGUCUUUAUUCUAGGUGAAUGACGAC